AUGACAUUGACACCGACUCGUCUACACCAUCCGGAUCUGAGCGACAAUAAUUUCAAUUCUUCUGAUAUUCCUUCAUGGGUUUAUGUUUCUAGUAAUCCAAAUCUGACGACAGUAAUACUCAAGGACAACCAGCUCAGUGGCACAUUAAAUCUCAGCAUUCGGAAACCAAAUGUUGAAUUUCAACUUGAGGCAAAGGUGUUGAUAUCAUCAUCAGAAGAUAACUCUGAGACAUUAGCUAUGAUUAUUGACAGAAAGUCUCUUGCUCAUAAGUUAGAAGACGAUGUAAAGAACUUGCGAAACAAAAAUGAGACUUGGUAG